UCCACAGACACUCUUGGGGUUCUCCAGUUGAAGAAGCUCAGAAGAACAACAGAGCAGAGAAAAUGGCAUGGGACGGCGGAAUCGAGCCCAAUGGCACAGAGGGCCAGAACUUCUACAUCCCCAUGUCCAACAGGACUGGGAUUGUUAGGAGUCCUUUUGAGUACCCACAGUACUACUUGGCGGAUCCCAUCAUGUUCAAGCUUCUAGCUCUCUACAUGUUCUUCCUGAUCUGCACUGGAACUCCCAUCAAUGGCCUGACAUUGCUGGUAACGGCUCAGAACAAGAAGCUCAGGCAACCUCUCAACUACAUCCUCGUCAACCUGGCUGUGGCUGGGCUGAUCAUGUGCGCCUUCGGAUUCACCAUCACCAUUACAUCUGCUGUCAACGGCUACUUCAUCCUGGGAGCCACUGCCUGCGCUGUCGAGGGAUUCAUGGCCACACUUGGAGGUGAAGUCGCUCUCUGGUCACUGGUCGUGCUGGCUAUUGAGAGAUACAUUGUCGUCUGCAAACCCAUGGGAAGCUUCAAGUUCACUGGAACUCAUGCAGGAGCUGGAGUCCUUUUCACCUGGAUCAUGGCUCUGGCUUGUGCCGCUCCUCCCCUUGCUGGCUGGUCCAGGUACCUCCCUGAGGGCAUGCAGUGCUCCUGUGGACCCGACUACUACACUCUGGCUCCAGGCUUCAACAAUGAAUCAUAUGUGAUCUACAUGUUUGUCGUCCACUUCUUCAUUCCCGUCUUCCUCAUUUUCUUCACUUAUGGAAGCCUUGUGCUGACAGUCAAAGCUGCCGCAGCCCAGCAGCAGGAGUCAGAGUCUACCCAGAAGGCUGAGAGGGAAGUGACACGCAUGUGCAUCCUGAUGGUCUUCGGCUUCCUGGUAGCUUGGGUGCCAUAUGCCUCUUUCGCUGGAUGGAUCUUCAUGAACAAGGGAGCUGCCUUCACCGCCCUCACAGCAGCUAUCCCCGCCUUCUUUGCAAAGAGCUCAGCCCUGUAUAAUCCCGUUAUCUACGUGCUGAUGAACAAACAGUUCCGUAACUGCAUGCUGAGCACUAUUGGAAUGGGAGGCAUGGUGGAGGAUGAGACCUCAGUCUCUGCCAGCAAGACAGAAGUCUCGUCUGUGUCUUAAAUAUAGACAUUUUCAUAACCUGGACAUUUUCCUUUCUACUGUCUGUUUGAUCGGGAAUAAUCCUGGAUGUGGACUGAGUGAAGUUCAGGGAUGUCUGGACUACUUGACCAGUGAUGAACGGCUCCAGAAACAAACUCGUCAACCUUGUCUUUUCUCUCAAGGAUGUUGGAAAGUGUUUUUCAUUUCGAUGUGAAUUCAGAAUUAUUGCAAGUAUUGGUACGAUCUGUGAACACAUGUAUGUGGAUGCUCAGCUUGACUCCCCCUGCUGUCAGAGGCACGGCUGCUGUCCCUGAAAGGUUGAAGCUAUUUGGCACCAUUGAAUCCACGUAACAUCCUUACAGAACAUAUUUGAUAUUUUCUCUCUUACAUCAGGGGGAGCACAUUUUGUACCGUAUUCUCCAAAUGGGCAACUAUAUACCAUGUAACACAGUCUUUUUGUCACUUGCUGAGUUGGUCAUCAUGAAUUGUAAACAUUGUAUAUAUUUAAAAAUGAACUUAGUUAAAUAAA